CGGCUCUGACUCUCUCUCAGCCUCUUUGAAGAAGCGAUGAGGAGAAGGAGUUGUCUCCCUGCUGAUACCAGGACGUCUGGGAUGCACUAACCCACGUUUGUUUUCCUCUGGGAUCAUAUUUGUAUAUUUCUCCGGAAAACAAACAAUACCCGGAGGAUUUGGCGUAUCCAUCAAUCGGAUGCAAGCAGGUAGAACUCCUUUGUCUUUAUCCAACUUCUUAUGAUCUUUUUACGCAUCUGCAACGGAAUAACUUCUAUUUUGGGAUUUUUUUUAAAACUGUCUCAUAUUUUUUUCAUGAUUUUUAAUCAACUUUGUCAGUUUGAUAACUCUUCUGUGUGUGGAUGCAUUUUUUCUCCGAGUUAUUUAAUCGGAUUUUGUUGCCAAAGGGAAGCACAGCACUCCACUUAAAGUCAAUACUGGAGCAGUUUAGUUGCCAUGAUUGAAUUAAGGCGUCUUUAUUCAAUUACUACAUCAGAUCUUUGCCAUUCAAACCUUUUCUCACUGAAUUUAUUGUCACGUUUUCUCCUGAAUUUUCUAAUGCAAGUUGCUGGGAGAUUGAGUGCUUUUCACACUGCAUUGACUGAAGUGGUCAUUUUUAUUCAUUAAAUGAAAAGUUGCUGUUAAAAGAUUAUUUAGGUAUUUUUGAAUUUCAUCUCAAUUUGAAAUUUUCUGCAGAAUUUUAUUAUCAUUGUAAUCUAUAUUUGUUUUCCUGUGUAACACUGGGAGUUCUGCACCUAUCUUGCUUGAGUUGGUAGACAACUUUUUUUGUGUGAAAUGGCCCUUUUUAACUUGGUGUUGAACUAGACAGCAAUUGCACUGAGAUGGGGAAGGAGAGUUGUUCCACAGCGCCAUCCUUUGGCCACUGUUUUCUCCAGGGUCUCUCUCUCUCUUCCUGUGACUUCCUCCUCUGAGGGGUAGUGAGGGCACAGCUCCUUGUUCAGCUGACUGCUGUGGAAAAAAGCUCAAAUGUGCACUUUCUAGGACCAAGAGCCAUCAUGGCAGCAUAUCAGUUUCCACCCUGUGCAGAAUAAUUAUAGGCUUUCUGCUGGAUUCGUGUUAUGUCUGAGUCCUGCUGUGGGAGUGUUAAAUUGAACCAAAUCAGAGGGUCAUUUUUUUGUAGAGUCAUUUAUUGAGCCUGUUUUACAGCUCUUGUGGGCUUGUACUUAAUUACCGUCUGUUGGGGGCUGGUUAGAUGCUGGCCACUGGGUAUGUUUUAUUGGACACUGUGUGGCAAACUCAGUCCAAUCUGUCUUCUUUCAGGCUGAACUCAGUAAGAUGGCAAAGCACUUACUCAGAUAUUAGGUUUCAAAUCAAAAACUGGAUCAGACAGUCUCAUUUCUUAUACACCCAGUGUGGAUGAUGAAGCAGUUACCUGAUUCACAGAUGGUUCUAGGUCUCCUGGGAGCCUUGCUAAACCAGCCAAUGCCUCAUUUUUAUGCUGCACUCAUGAUAAACUGACAGGGAAUGUGUGGGUGUAGACCUCCUGGCCAAUUUGAGCUUCCCCCCACAAAGGUUUGGAUACCCUUGAUGUGAUCCUGAAUGUCACACACCAGUUUAACUCCUCACAUGGCUAGUAUGAAUCUUUCCCUAGAGUCUUUUUAGUUCAGCUAUCUGUUAGAUUUGCUUUGCAGCUCCAAACUGCUCAGUUAUCCACAUCCAAAUGAUUUCCUCUUUUCGGUUUGGAACCAGCCUCUCUGACUUCAUCAUCACCACAGCCAUGCUGAGAAAAAGAAGCUCUGCUGCUCUGUAGUUCAGUGAUGGUCUGCUGGAUCUAUUAAAAUUCAAUCAAAGCGUAACUUUCUUUAUUGGGCUAUCAGGAUUGUUGGCAACGUCACAGUCAUGGAGUAAAAGCAUGAAGCAGCAGACUGCCUGAAGCCUGCACAGUCUCUGUGCUUCAUGUCAUGUGUAUGCAUGGACAAGGAGUGAAGUGAAACUCAGGAAACCAGAUAUGGUCAUUACUGAAGGAGAAGGUUAACCAUUGUGGCAAACCUCCAAGCCACUGUCUCAGCCUGUUCAGAGGAUCAGGGUUCAUCUUCUCCUCCUCGCUGCCCGCAGCCUCCAGUCACACUUAAAGAGACGUAAAUCUCUCCUUGACCACACAGCUGAUGUAUUCAGUGUAGAGAAGCUCUGUGUGAUAUUAUAUACAGGCUGCUAUGUCUUCAUAAAGUGGUAACUUCAAUCGUUUUUUCUGCAAACUUGAGCAUUUUGAGGAAUGUUGCGUUUUUAAACAAAUUAGACUGUCUUGAGGGUUUUCUGUUGCCACAGACUGCUGAGCUCCCUCAGUGACAGGGUGAAGGAUUAGCAGGCAGUGCUGUUACAGUACACUUGGGUACACUGCCCCCCUGUGUCCGUGCAUGGUACUGUUUUUUUUUUUUUCUAGUCUGGGAGUCAUCAGUCAAGAUAUAAAACUAUUUCACAGUUUUUUUUCUUUUCUUGCCUUUUACUCAUGAUGACCUUUUGUUUUAGAUAGAUAGAUAGAUAGAUAGACAGAUAGAUAGAUAGAAUUCUCUGAACUACUAUGUCUGGCCUGACUGUUGAUUAUUCAUUUUUUUCUCCUCUCGAGUUUCUUGAACGUAAAGAUGAUAUAAAUUUAUCAGAUUAUUAUUAGAUUUUAAAGCUCCUGUGAGGAACUUUUUUUGUGCACUUUGGCGCCCCCUUGUGGUCAAAACAGUCUUUGCUUAUCUUGUCCUCUACAUAUUUUGGUUAUGAGUCUUUAUGGAUAGAUGUAUAUGGAGAUGUAAAAACAGGGCUAUUUCUUCUGCUGCUUGGCAGUCACACUAGUUUUAGGCAUUAAAUAUCAUGAUAGAAAAUUCCUCAGUCAUGUUGUUUAGGAUCUUAUUUGCUUCUGAAUAUCAUAAAAUAGUAUCAAAAUGAAUUGAAGUAUAUUUCACAGAUGUCAAAAACGCCCCAUUGGAGCUUUAAAAAAUUUUUAGAGAAUCAACAAUAAGCCAAAACAACUGAGUCAUGAUAGGAAAACUGUGCUUGAUCAGAGGCUGUUAAGUAAUGAAGGACUGUCAGGAAAACUAUCAUUGGGGUGACAGGAGGUGGGAAUAAUAAUUAAAUGCUGAUUGUAGACAGAGCUGUCACCUGUUACAGUAAACACAUUCACUGCAAUAAGCUAAUUAUUUCUGUGACCUCCUUUUUGGUCAGGAGCUCAAAGGAGGUCCUUUAUCAGUCCUCAUCCACGCCAGCAGCUCUGUCAGACUUUUUGUAAAUGUUAUUCUGGAUAUUAUUACUUUAUCCUAUAUUCAUGCCAGGAAGCUAACAUUCUUACUGCUUGCUGCUAUCCAGUCUUCUAUCAAGGCUUGUGGGAACGACCUUAGUUUUCUGUUUGUCAUAUUUUGUCAUCAACCAAAGUACAACUGCAUUUCACACACUGAGUUUUGACAGAAUUGUGAUGUGGCUAUAGGACAGUAGGCCAGGUGAUCAGCACAGAAGCUAAUCACAGUUGUUGACUGGCUAGAUAUGUUAGUGGAUUUAUAAAGAUUUUAGGGCACAUCUUGUAGGAAUCUUGAACUUUUGUUGUGAUCUGUACAGUAGACACAGAACUUUAAAGCACAAAUCUUGAGGUGGUCCAUGUCGUAGUGCCAGCUGCCCAUGCUUCUUGAGUAUACACAUUGUCUAGGCGCUAUUGACGCUUUUCUAUGUUUUUAAUUAUGUGUUAUCAUAUGUAUGUUGGUGUGUACAUAUGAAGGUAGGUGAGAACUAAUAUGGCAGAGGGCGGUUAAGGGAUGUCAGAGCGUACUGAGUCUUCUCAAGCCAAAAAACCUGUGAAGGAGGGUAUCUUGCUGCCCAUCUGUCCCCAUCUCUACUUAUGCAUGGUCCUUAGAGUACAUAAGGGGUCAUGUGGUGGGUUGUAUAACUUAUCACAGAGCAUAGACAUAGAUAUGGGUUUUACUGAGCACUGUCCAUUAGCAUGCUCAUGCCUUGCUUAUUUCAAGUGCUAUGUCGAGGAAAGUUAUCAGCAUUAUAGAUGCAAAAGUAAGAGUGGGAUAAGUCCUCUGGGGAGUGAACAUAGAGCAAGUUAAAAAUAUGUAAAAAAUAUUUCAUGGUAUUACAUCCAGUAGUUGAAAUACUGUAUGUCGUCCUGGACCAGUUGCAUGUUCAGUAAUACAAAAUCUUGAAAAGUUACCCUAAGUCUUCUCUCUAUUCUUAACAUUUCAGAGCAAGGCCCAACUUAACGAUGGGCCCCAUACCCCUGAGUGUGCUGCUGCCGCUGACGGUGCUGGCUGUGGUGGUGGCUGUUGCUGCAGAGGGGAAUGCUGUGGAUGACGAGUACACUUGGCCACAGUGGAAGGUGCCUCUGGUAAGGAAAAGACGCACUGUGCCGCUCAGCAGCCCAAACUUCUCUGCUCAUGCUCAGUCUGAGCUGAGUGGGACCUGUGGUAUAGAGUGCCAACGUCGCCUCCCCGCCGCCUCACUGGAUGACCUGGAGCAGUUCCUGUCCUACGAGACGGUUUAUGAGAACGGUUCACGCACAUAUACAUCAGUAUCAGUGCAGGGCCUUAAUGAGGUGACCGCCUGGUCUGGAAACGCCUCGUCCAGCUCCCGCCGCAGACGAGAGGUCUAUGGCACAGAUACUCGCUUCACCAUCUCUGACAAGCAGUUUUCAACCAAGUACCCCUUCUCCACCUCGGUUAAGAUCUCCACAGGGUGCUCUGGGGUUCUCGUGUCACCCAAACAUGUGUUAACUGCUGCCCACUGUAUCCACGACGGGAAGGAUUAUCUCGAUGGCGUGCAGAAGCUUCGUGUUGGCAUUCUGAAGGAGAAGUCCAGACGAGGAAAAGGAGGCAAGGGGAGAGGAGGCCGAGGAAAGGGAAAGAGAAGAAAGGGAGAGAAAGGUAACGAGGACGGGGAGGAGAAGGAAGACAAUGGUGAGAAAGGGGAACGAAGAGGGAAACAGAGAGGUGGAAAGAGACGUAGUCGACGUAGUGCUGAAUCGGAUAAACCUUCAUUCAGGUGGACCAGGGUCAAGAAGACCCAGGUACCUAAGGGCUGGUUCAAAGGUGUGUCUGAGGGACUGGCUGCUGACUAUGACUAUGCUGUUCUGGAGUUGAAGAAAGCCCCCAAAGUCAAACAUAUGGAUCUGGGUGUUAUCUCUUCACUGAAAAAGCUCCCUGCUGGAAGAAUUCACUUCUCUGGCUUUGAUGAUGACCGACCUGGAAACCUGGUGUACCGCUUCUGCUCUGUCUCUGAGGAGUCCAAUGACCUGUUGUAUCAGUACUGCGAUGCCAAACCCGGCUCCAGCGGCUCUGGGGUCUACAUCCGCCUCAAAGAGCCCGGCAAGAAGAAGUGGAAGAGGAAGAUCAUCGGUGUGUUUUCCGGUCACCAGUGGGUGGAUGUAAACGGGGACGGGUCGCAGCAGGAUUACAAUGUGGCGGUGAGGAUAACUCCUCUUAAAUAUGCUCAGAUCUGCUACUGGGUCCACGGGGACUCAAGCGAGUGCCAGGUAGCUUAAUACAACACAGGAAUCCCUCUAAACCACCAAGCUAUCCCUCUCCCUCUGACCCUCCUUUUUGUAAAGGACACCCAGACUACUCCCACCCUCUCUGUCACCACCAACCCGGGGCCCGACGACUGCCUCUCCUCCUCCUCCUGCCUCCUUAUUACCUCCUGUGCCUCCCAGUGACUUUUGCUACACUGAUCUACACAAACACACACACACUUGCACACUCAAACACACACACCACAAACAGCCAUACAGACUCAAGAGACCUGUGGCUCUUCAGCUUUUCUAAUUUAUUUGCUAAAAAAUAACUGAGAAAAAAAAAAUGUAUAGUUUGUAUUUUCAGAUCUUUCAGAUCUGCAGUUCUGCUUUCCAUUCUGACUCUUUUAUAUUGUCUCUUUUGGAUACAACAUUGGCUAAAUUCAGAUGGUUGUUCAUCUUAUAGUUAAAUGAGGCUUUAUACGGAGACACUGGCAUUUGCAGUGUUGUGAUUAAGAAGUACAGGUAAUGGCUUUGAUAAAACACCCGUAACAAAUCAUUGUAAGAUUGUUGUUUUUUAAAAAUAAUGGUGUUUUGACAUUAUGUGCGUCUAGAAAUGAUUAUUUGUGACAAAUACCCUUGAAAAAGAUCAAUUUCUCCAACUAAAGGGAGAAAAAAUGAGAUUUGUGAGUCCCACAUUAACGUUUCUCUGUUCCUGAAACACAGUGAAAUAUGCUUUCAUUGUUGUGCACAUAACUACAUCUGUGCUGAUCCGAUAGACAUGGUGCUAAUUUAAGGAAUUGUAAACUUUCUGGUUGGGGGGGCUUUUCAGAAUAUAUUUUGAUAGCCUAGUACUGUAACUAUGUAUUUAAUGUAAGGCUACAUAUGGGUUGUGUCACAUGAUCCAUAUCAUCUAUUACUUGAGCUGUUGAGAUUUCUUUAAAUCUAAGGGAUAAAGAUUGUAAAAGUUAAUAUUGUGAUAUGAUGACAGAUUCAAAUCUGGGAUGUGAUUUUUUUUUUGUUUUUUUUUUUCAUGUUGUUUAUGUUCCAAAAAUGCAUACGAGUAUCCUUUGAAUACCAAAUACCUGAAUUUCAUGAGGCGGAUUGAGGACCAACAUCCAUUAAAACAAGAUUACAAUAUA